AUGAGGGAAGGUCUAAACGACUGUAGAAUGGCUGCUGUAUUAGAUCCCAAUUUCAUGGUCAACUUAAGAUCUGCAAAGAGAAUAACAAUUGAAGUUGCAGAAGGCCUGCAAAAGGCACAGAAAGUCUCAAAUUAUCUGAGGCGUGAACACUUUGAGCUUUCUGUAUCCCCUCCAAGAGUUAUGUACAAGAUUGAGAAAGGUGUGAAGCUAGAGCCAAUUGAAGAAGUGAAUGAAGAGCAUGUGGGAAUGGUGAUGGAAGCGCUUUCUCACAGGCGAGCUGAGGUUACUGACAUGGGCCCUGUUGCUGGAAACUUUGGCGUGACUAGAAUGACAUUAACUUGUCCUUCAAGGGGACUGGUUGGUUACAGAAGCGUGUUCAGCAGUGACACACGUGGCACAAGAUUUAUGCAUCGUGCAUUUAUGGCUUAUGAAAAAUAUUGUGGUCCACUUGGAAACGUCAGGAAAGGAGUGUUGGUAAAUGUCACUUGUUACUACUCAUUUGGCCAAAAAGGAAAGGACUCUGUAAAAUGGGCUGCAGAAAUGUCUGUUGGGCUUGGAGCUAGUGUUCCAAGGGCUAGAUGGAAGGAAACUGAUGCUCUAGAAUACAUUCAUCAACAAACUUAUAAGCAUAUGACGCGCAUGAACAAAAGUCCUGAUGAGAAAUUGAAUAUUGUUUCAGAUGUAGCAUUUUCUCCUGUUGACUCACAUGAACAAAAGUCAACGGAUAAUAUUACAAUGACAGAUAAAGACCACCUGCCAUCAUCUUUAAUCUUGGAUGAGGAUCAACUUUCACCACCAGGCAGAGUGGAGACGCCUGUCAUGGAGGAAACAUCUGUUGAUUUACCUGCAGUUCCAUCUUAUGUGGAGUUAACUGAAAAACAACAAACAGAUGCAAGGAAAAUGACAAUCAAAAGGAUUAUAGACUCUUAUAAGCAGUUAAGAAGGGUGAAGCUUGUGCAGACACACACGACAUUGCUUUCUUGA